CUUGGCCAGGCGGGCGACCGUGCAGCAGCAUCUCUCCUUGAUCUGGACUCUGCUUUUGAGAGCGGCGGGGAAACAGACUGGCUCUGCCGCCAUGCUGAAGGGCCCAGUUCGCAUCGUCCCUCAGUGGAAAGAGCUCAAAUGUCAAGUGAAGAAGAAGCUGAAAGAACAAACGGGCUCACUGGAGGCAAGUGAAGGGAGCCACCUCUUGCUGAGUGACAGGCCCAGCAUCAUCUUCCGGUCGAGCUGCUUCCCCGGCCUCAUGCCGCUCAUCUGCUUCUACUCAACGGACAAGUUGGACUAUUUUGCAUCCUUCACCUGGAGGAGUCCCGUGGGGCACACCAGCAAGGUCAGCGGCUGCCCCACCCUCCUGCCCUUGCUCACAAAUGCAUGCAUCUCUUUCCUUCCCCAUGGCCUGCCUCCCCCUGACCCUUCCCCACCCGCUAGAAGCUUGGGACAGAAUACUAGCCUGGCAAAACUCUCUGGUUCCACCUUGGAGAGGCUCCAAGGAGUUCUUUUUCCCUUGCAGGUUCGUCUCUGGAUAUACAGCCAGGAGGAGGAGGCCCUGGUCUCCGAGAUGGACUAUGCCAUGGAGGAAAACCCCAGGGUGCUCACUGUGGUCCACGUCCCCCUCCGGCACCUCUUUGUGGCCUACUGCGAUGACAUCUACCUGCGGUUCUUCGGCGACCACCACCAGGACCUCCGGCUUCUCUCGGCCAUGAGGUCCCCCCAUUCGAUCACCAGCAUGUGCUACAACCCUGAGACAGACGAGCUGGUGACGGGGGCCAUCGGAAUCGUGGCCUUCUGGUCCUUCGACACGCAGGAGGUCCCCUUCCUGGUCAUCACACAAGAGGCGCACAUUGCGAGUGGCGAGUUUGUGCACUCUCUCAGCGUGGAACGAGAGCGUGGCGCACUGGUGGCCUUGUGCGAAAACAUCAUCCGAGUGUUUGACUACCACACCAAGGUGGAGAUCCGCACCUUCCAGGUGAUCCAAGGCGUGUCCCUCACCUGCUGCUCCGCCAACUGGCUCCAGAGCUUCCUUUAUACCGGAGACCUGGCUGGAGAUGUCAAAGUGUGGGACUUCGAGACGGGGAGCCAGAUCAACCAGUUCAAGGCCCACCUGAGCGCCAUCAGCAGCAUGGUCAGCCGGGCCUCAGUGCACACCCUCAUGACUGCGUCGCUGGACGAGCUGCUGAAGGAGUGGAACUUGACCACCUGUGAGCUCCUCCGGCGGGUGGACAUCGGAGAGCCCCUCUUCCAGCUGCUCUUCAUCAAUGAACAGACCUUCUUCCUCCGGACCCAGCACACAAUCUCCAUCCGCACCAUCAACAACUUCUACCAGCUCUUCAACAGGGCCAAAUCCAUCCUGAAGAGGCUGCUGCGGGUGCAGUGUGGCCCAGACAAGGCCCGCAUCCUGGCGGCGACUGAAGACGGGGUAAUCCGCUUCUUGUCUCCCGUCACGGGGGAGAUGCUCUUUGUCACCUGGCCCUUCCAGCUGUUGGAAAAGGCCCUUGACUACGUCUACGACCCAGACCGGGAGGAGCUGUUGCUGACCAUGGGCACCAACGACAUCUACGUGCUGGACACCACCAAGAACCCCUGCCCAGCCAAGUACGUCUUGCACACCACCGACAACCAGGAGGACAAGGUCCUGUGCUUGGCCUACAGCCGCCUGGAUGUGGGUGGGCGCACCGUCAGCUUCAUCUUCAGCGGCUACAAGAGUGGGAAGGUGCGCUCUGUCACCCAGCACCUCUACCGGAUGGGGGGCCGCAAGCUGCACGACGGCAAAGUGGUGGCGCUCAGCAGCCUCUCCGCUGCGGGGAACCUGGCGUACCACUCCCGGGAGUCCUCCUACAUUUGUUCCUACGGCUCCGAUGAAUAUAUCAUCCUCUCCGAUGUGAUCGUAAAGAAGAGAAACCUCUUGGAGGUGCAGCCGUUGGUGGUCAUUCCCAGCACCAACUGCCGGAUCAAUCACCUUCUGCUCAUCCCCGGCUACAUCUGCGUCCUGACGGAGCAGAACCGGGUCCGGCUCUGGCGCCAGGCAACCCUGAUCCCUGGCAAGAAGAACCCCUUCUGGAAGGAGUCCGGGGCCCUGCACUCUGCCUCCAUCACCUCCUUCGACUACUGCCACACCCUCAACAUGCUGGUGACUGGGGGUGCCGACGGCUCCGUCCGCCUCUGGGACAUCCUGGGGCAGAUGCUGGUGGAAUUUGACACCAGCCUCAAGUUCAGCCGGGUCUGCUUCGCCAACCAGCGCGGGGAUCUGAUCGUGGGCUGCAGCAUGAACCUCUACUUCGUCCCGUGCGUCACCUACCUGCCCAGCAAGCAGCUCAGCCUGCUGGCAGCCAGGCACGUGGAGGACGACCUGGUGGAGCGCCCACUGCCCUUCCUGCCCCACUUCCUGCUCUCCUUUGAUAUCGUGUUUGUGCCCAAGUACCGUCAGGUGGGCAAGCAGGCCAAGAAGUUUGAGCACCUGGAGCCCAUCACCAACCACAAGGAGGUCGUGGUCGAGCAGGGCGUGGCCCAAGUGCUGGAGUUCUCCGGCAAGCCAGCAAGCUGUCUUCCUGACCCCGACUUCUACAGGCCUGGCGCAGCCAUCAAGGAGAAGCACCCGAUGUUUGCCGUGGGCUAUGAGCUCAUCAAGCAGCCCGACUUCAAGCCCGAGAGCAUGCUGGCCUCCGUGGACGCCCUGCCACCCCUCCCUCAGCGGGACUUCCUGCAGGGGGGCGAGGGCGCCCCCUUCUUCCACAGGGUCCUCUUUCAGGGGGGGCACCCGUGGCCCAUUGCCCCCGAUGGCUAUGUCCCCAAUUCCGUGAUCCGAGCCCGGCUGUUCCCGAAGGGGACGCCUCUGGCCCUCCAGUGCUCCGUGGAGACCACCAGGCAGGCCCUGCCCCGGCGGAAGGUGAUCAGGAUCCAGCUGCCAGAUUGGGAGACGCCGGAGGGGGGGGAGAAAUUCUGGCGGAAGCGGGGCCAGAAGUCCAAGCGCAGUUCGUCCGUCUACGAGGGCCACCACCGGCGGGACCUGCUGGCGGAGAUCGUGACCAAGCCCUGGCUGCGGCACAAGCCCAGCGACUCCAGCCUGCCCUCCGUCAUGAAGGCCAUCCUGGAGCUGAUGGACGACGUCCCCUACUCCACCUACUUGCUAUGCACGGCCGCCCUCGUCCAGCUCUCGGAGGCCUACCCGCUGCCACAGGCUGUCCAGGAACUGGCCUUUGACCGGCUCAUGAAGGACGUGGAUCACAAGGAGGUGAGGAUGAGGCUGGCUGCUUGGGAGGCCCUGGGGAAGAUGGACUUGCUGUCUGAAAAAGAGGUGGUCCCGCUGGCCCGAGCCCUGCUGGAUGAGAACAAGAGAGUGCGUGACCUCGCUCGCUCCCUGCUGGACUCAGUGGCUGGCAUCACGGACAAGUUCGUCCUCAAGAAGGAGAUGCAGCGGUUGGCGGAAUCCAGCCUGGAAGACCUGACUGAACUGAGCCGUGGCCCGGAAAGCGCUUUCCCUCGCAGGGUGCGAGCUGCCGGCAUCAUAGCGGAGACGCCGGAUGAAGCGAUGUAUGCCCUGACGGAGGGGACGGAGUGGCUGAUGGACCUGGUGGAGAACCAGCUGACAGCCAACCUGGUCCUGAUGCCCGGCCUGCCAGUCAGCCGGCACGGCCAGCCCUUCCCUACCCGGCGCAGGCUGUGGCCCGCAGGACCCUUCGCCGACUACACCGAAGAGGUGGCCCCAGCGCCCCGCAAGCAGAGGCUCCUGAGCAAGCAAGAGGCCGCCCCCGGGAGCCGAGGUGCUGCUGCUGGGCCUGCCAAGCGGCUGCCUCGGAUCGUGCCGGCGCGAGGGAAGGGCGUGGUGGAGGCCCUGCCCAGCGGGGAGCUGGCGCCGGAGAGCCCCCCCCUCCCCAGCAACACCAGCAGCAUCAGCAUCGGCUCCAUGUGGCGGGACGUGCGGCAGGCCAAGAAGCUGCUGCGGGAGAAGGAGAAGCAGAGGGAGAAGCCCCCGCCCCAGGCGGCCCGGCCCCUCCCUCGCCCGGAGGCCCCGCAGGCCCACAAGCCGCCCAAGCCGCCCAAGCCGCGCAAGCCGGUCCUCUUGCAGCGGCGCGACACCCGCACCCAGCUGUACACCGAGAUGCUGAAGCGGAAGGCGCCGGCCGCCCCCGCGCUGGCCCAGAAGCCCAGCAGCCGGGAGCAGCAGCCGGCCCCCAGCAGGGCUGGCCCUCCGCUGCAGCUGCCCCCGGUGAGCCCCAAGGGCAGCCUCAUCGACCCCAAGGAGCAGCACCCCGCCGACCGCCCCCGGUGGCGCAGCGACCUCCUCAAGCUGCUGACCCUCCGCAUCGCUCCGCCGCCGGUCGAGGGCCGCCUGGUGGCGGCGGACUUGCUGGCCUCGGCCCGCCUGGCCCUGGGCGGCCGGGCCCUGUCCUGGGAGGCCUUCAGCGCCCUCAGCCAGGCGCUGCUCGCUCCGCGGGAGCAACUCCUCCUCAGCCCGGAGGCAGCGGGCUGGAAGAAGCGGAUGGAGCCGCUGGUCAGGCCUUCUCUGGCGGACCUGUGGGCCGAGGAGAGCAGGGAGAGGGUGCUGGCGGUGAGGACCAGAGAAGCCCCCGGCCCAGCCGAGAGCCAGUCGGAGAUGAGCAGCCUGGAGGACCUGCAGUGGGAGAUGAGGGGGGAGGAGGAGGAGGAGGAGGAGGAGGAGGGGAGGGAGGCCGCCCCGGCCGAGGAGGCAGCGGAGGCCGCCGUGCAGAAGAAGAAAUCCAUCGGGAAGAAGCGGUGGAAGAUGCUGAAGAAGCUGGAGAAGGUGGCGGCUGCCUCAGCCCGGGAGGGAAAGGAGCAGGGGCCCGAGCAGGAGGCGUUGCCCCCCACCAAAGAGGAGGAGGCAUUCCUGGCCAAGAUCAGGGGCCAGGUGCCUUCCGAGGAGAAAGAGCUCCUGGCUUUCCUGAGAGAACAGCAGGCAGCAGCCAAAGCCAAAGCCAAGGCCGAGGAGGAGGAGGAAGAGCCCUUGGAGCAGGGCAGGAGGGUCAGCAAGAGGAAGGAGCAAGGGGUCGCCUGGCGGAGGGCGUGGGAGGCCAGCAGCACGAAGUCCAUGGCAGGGGCCAUGCGGGGAGUGGUGGAGCUGGCCCGGAGGCGAGCCGAGGAGCUGUCCGCCCUGAGAAGAGAAGCCCUCCUCGAGCCGGAAGAGGCGGCCCUGGCUGAGAAGAGAGAGGGUGAGCCGGCCCAGGAGGAGAAGGAGGAGGAGGAGGAGGAGGAGAGGGUGCUGGCCCAGGAGAGGGAGAAGGUGCUGGCCCAGGAGAGGGAGAGGGCGCUGGCCCAGACCUCCCAGAGGCUGGUGGCCAAGGUGCUGAAGAGGGCCACGGCUGAGGCCAGGAAGAUGGCCCAGGCCGAUGCGGAAGAGCUGGCCCUGGCCGUGGUGCUGCAGAGAGCCCUGGAGGAAGCUCAAGCCCUGGCCCUGGCCGAGGCCCGAGAGGCGGCCCUGGCCGAGCUGAAGGAGAAUGCCCUGGCCGAAGUCAGGGCCCAGGUGCUGGAAGAAGCACACAAGAAAGCCCUGGCCGAGGCGCAGGAGAAGCUUCUGGCCACCGAGCGGAAGGCCACCAUGGGCCAAGUGAGGGAGGAGGCGCUGGCCGAGGCCCGGGCACUAGCCCUGGCCGAGGGGAAAGAGGGGCUGCUGGCUCUGGCCCGCAUCCGGGAGCUGGCGGAGAGGCGGGCCAUGGAGCUGGCGGAGGCCAGAGCUGUGGAGCUGGCCGUGGCGCAGGAGGCCCACGUGGACCAGGGCAGAGUCCUGCAGCUUGCCUCAGCGGAGAUGCAGGAGGCCGAAGUGAGAGCGCUGGGCCUGGCGGAGGCCCGAGCAGCGGAACUGGCGGAGGCCAGAAUAUGGGAGCUGGCCAAGCCCAAAAUCAAGAUGCUCAUGAAGCAAAGGGCCAAGGAGCUGGCCAAGGAGAAAGUCAGGGAGCUGCUGCUGGAGAAGGAGGAGAGGGGAAGCAGCACCAGGCCCGUCUCAGAGGGAGAAGAGCCCAGGCUGCGGGGGGAGGCCGGUUUGUGGGAGGAGGCCAGCCUGAGGGGGGAGGCUGGCCUGUGGGAAGAGGCUGGCCUGUGGGAAGAGGCUGGCUUGUGGGAAGAGGCCGGCGUGGGGGAGGAGGCCGGCGUGGAGGGGGAGGCUGGCCUGUGGGAGGAGGCCGGCCUGCGGGAGGAUUUAGAAGAGCAGGGCAUUUGGUUUUUAUCUGAGGAGGAAAGGGAGGCAUUAGUUGCCAUAUUGUCAGAGGAGCAUGCCCUGGGUGCAGGGGAGGAGUUUGGCGAGCUGGACCUGAUCGAGCGUGCUCAGUGGCUUCUGGACAUCCUGACUAAGCCAGCAAUGCUGGAGGCCAAAGAUCCCAUGUCAUAUCAGAAGCUCUUCCAAGCGGUGUCCCUCCUCCAGAUCCCCUCCAAAGUCAGUGCUGAGGAACUGGUGGAAAUUUUGCUACAGAAAGCUGAGGAGCUCUUGGAGGAAGCCAAGGAGAAGAAAGAGUUCCUAGCCAAACAGCCGGCGUCUCUUCUGAAGACGCUGAAGGAAGCCGUUGAGGCCUGUCAGCCCUGGAACGCCGACCCCAAGGAGUUUGUGGCCAAGGUGUUGCCCCUGCUGAAGGUGGCCGGGACCCUGCUGCGGGCGAAGGCCUUGAAGGAGCACCUGAGGAGGAAGGUCGAGCGGAAGCCCUGGUGGAAGGGCAUCGAGAAGGAGUGGGCGGAGGAGGGAGUCAAGGGCAUGAGCAGGAGGGCCUGGCUGGACCUGAAGCUCAAGCAGGCCUUCGGGAACUGGGUGUCCAGAAAGGCCCAGGUGGAGAAGGACCGGCUGAGCCUGCAGCGCAGGGAGAAGCAGCUGCAGUUGAGGCGGCAGCCCGUCCUGUUAGGGGUGGAGGAGGACAGAGAGAAGGCGCGGAAGAAAGCGGGGGAGAAGCGGAGGGCGGGGGUGCAGGCGCCCCCGCUGGCCUCCAAGCUGACGUGGGCUCUGGGCUUGCGGCGGGAGAGAGCCCGCAAGGCCAUCCUCACGAUGGAGGAGCCCAUGCUCAGCCAGGGCUCGAGGCCCAGGAAGUACCGGCUCCCAAAGGACGCUCUGUACAUGACCACAAAGCCCUCGACGCGCCGACGUCACCGCAUGCUCAGGAGGGGGGCCCGGCAGCACAUUUUCCGCGCCAAUGAUAAAGGGGUUGACUGGGAGAACUUUUCAAAGCUCUACCAGUCACUGGUGGAGCUGAAGGAGAAGGACGGGGGCAUCGAGUCAGCAGCCUGGCAGGAAAAGGCCUCCACUUUGCUAGACCUCUACGGCGUGAGCAAUCCGCUUGUCCGGGCCAUGACCCAGCAGCUGCUGAUGGGCGGCUGCCACCAGCAAACAUACCUCCCGGGCAGUGUGGUGAGGAUGAGCAAGGCGAAGGCGGAUCUGGGCCAGCGGGUCCUCUAUGAGCUGGUCCAUCAUUCGGUCCGUGCUCCCCCCAGACUCCCUACCUUGCACAGAGUCAUCCCACUCAGCUACCAGAACAACGUCCAGCCCCUCAAGUUCCGGGGCGUGACCCGCUUUGGCACCAUGUCCCUCAAGUGGAAGACCUUCUCCAGGAGGAAACCACCCAAGCUGCAGCUGCAUGUACAGGCGUCUGGGCACUCCAAAGAGCCUUUGCUCUUCGAAGAAGAAGAAGAAGAAGAAGAAGAAGAAGAAGAAGAAGAAGAAGAAGAAGAAGAGACAGACAGAGUCUAGCAGGGCUAUUACUUCAUGAUGGCUUUAUGGAACUUCCCUGUUCAGAGGCAGUAUACCACUGAAAGCCAGUCACUGUGGGGGGAUGUUAUAGAGUAGGCUGCUGCCUUCUUGCCCUGCCUGGCUUCCUAGAGACAUCUGGGUGGUCCCUCUGGGAAACGGGGGGCUGGCCUAGAUGGAGCAACUUUGCUCUGAGCCAGCAGGGAUGUUUGUAGGGUCUUACGAGGGAGCCUGCCAUCAACCGCCCUCCCCGCCACCCACCAGUUGCCCUGCAGGAGCACCCAAGGGAGUUGUGGUCUCUGGCCUCUUUGCAGCAGGCAUCUUUGGCAUGUUCCACAGGUACAGAUUUAAUGGCUCAAAUGCUGCGCAAGAGGAUAUCAGCCUAGCCCUCUCCACCCCCGGCACAGCAUCCCUCCAGUGACUGUUGCUGGUGUCUAAUGUUUCUUUUAGAUUGUGAGCCCUUUGGGGACAGGGAGCCAUCUUAUUUAUUUAUUAUUUCUCUGUGUAAACCGCCCUGAGCCAUUUUUGGAAGGGCGGUAAAGAAAUCAAAUACCAAAUAAAUAAACAAACAAACAAACAAACAAACAAAUAAAUAAAUAAAUAAAUAAAUAAAAGUAAUAGUAAUGUUGUGUUUGUGCAAGUUGUGCAAAUGUGAAAUUUGCGCAAAU